UUGAUCAUAUGAUUGGUUCUGUCUUCACAACAAAAAGUUGUAAAUUCAUUCACUUACCUUCAAAACAAGUGUAAAAAUGACUGCUGAUAAUUGUAAAAGUGACAAAAAUGCCACUGGGCAAUUGCUGGACUCCCUAUAUUUGGACAUGUUUCAUCUAAUCGAAGAGCACACUCAAUGCCGGCUGGAUAUCGAACGAACAAACGCCAGUGGUGCAAUUCUCUUGGCUCGGACCAAGUUUCAGCAAGGCGGACAAUCGCUAUCGUCAGCCCAAAUUCCAACUGAGAACAGUGCGGAAUUCAAUGCCCUUUGUCGAGUUGUGGACAAAACAGAUGAUGAUAAAACGGAUAAGGUCAGCAUUGAGAGACAUUCUGUCGACAAGGAGAACGGUUAUGUGGAGCCUUUGCAUUGGUUUAGCGUCUUACCGCCAAUGAGCUUGCGGACUGCGGUGGAACGAUUCAAGAAAUCCAUAGAACUGGUUGCUGAAAGUACAAAUCUGCAACGGGAGCUUGCUAAAGUCUUGAAUGGCAUUGAUAGGUUACGACGAUCCCUUGCACUCUAAAGAAAACGCAUUGUAGCUAAACUAGAUAUUUAAAUAAGAAUAAAGUUAAAAAAAUGAGAUCAAGUUUUAUCUAAAAUCAAUAAACUAAAAAAUGUAAA